ACAAAAGUCAAUAUCGAUCAAAUUAAGAGAAGAGGAGGAGAGGUACAAUGGUUUCUGAUUCAGCUUGUAAAAAUUUCUUUUUCUUCUUCUUCACAAUGUCCUCAUUGCAAUGCCUAAAUUAAGUUCAAGCAAGAACCUAUUUCAGCGUCCUUCAGUUUGGUGCUUGUGCUGAUGGAAAAACAGACAACAGCAUUUUUGGCAGCAUGGAAUCGGGCUUACAAUUCAAUGGGAGAAAAUGGUGUUUUGAUCCCAACAGGGGUAUUUUUGUUGCGUCCAGUGGCGUUUAGGGGUCCCUGUAAGGGCUCUGUUAUGUUUCAGAUCAGAGAAGCCCUCAAGGCUGCCACUGAUAAAGCUUCACUUUUGGACCAUUGGAUUAGCUUCCAAUACAUUGAUCAAUUGAUGAUCAACGGUGGUGGAUCACUUGAUGGUGAAGGAGCCUCAGCCUGGCCCCUAAACAAUCGCAGUAAAGACCCAAAUUGUCUUCCUCUUCCUGUUUCAAUGAGACUCGAUUUCGUCACCAAUUCAAGAAUCAGCUCCAUAACAUCAAUCAACAGCAAGAACUUCCACUUCAACAUUUUUGCAUACAAGAACAUCACAAUUUCCCGCAUUAGGAUUUCAGCUCCAAAGGACAGCCCCAACACUGAUGGAAUACACCUUGGCUCCUCUACUGACAUCCGUAUCUUGGAUUCCUUCUUCGGCACCGGUGACAACUGCAUUUCUAUGGGACCAGGAUCCAAGAACAUCAACAUUAACAAUGUUCAUUGCGGCCCUGGCCAUGGCAUCAGUAUCAGUAGCCUCGGGGGAUCCAAGAUGGACGCGGAUGUUACCGGGUUUGUUGUGAGGAACUGUAGCUUAGUAGGGACAUCCAAUAGCACAAGGAUCAAAAUAUGGGUUCCUUCUUAUCCCCUCCUUGUGUCAAAUCUUACAUUUGAGCAAAUUAAGCUGAGGAAUGUCUCCAAUCCCAUUUUCAUUGAUCAGCAAUACUGCCCUUCUAGGAUAAGUGAUCAAAAGGUAAUUCUUUUCUUCGAUCUCUUUUCUUUCCUCAAUUUCAACACUUAAUAUAUCAUGAUUCUAACUUAGCAAGUCUUUGUUUUUAAAAUACAAAAUAACAAAUCUAAAUUAUUUAAGUAAUUGAUGUUAUUCUUGUUUAUUCACGAAUACAUUAAGAGUAUAUAUACAAUUGGAGCCUAAGUGCUGCCCUAUCAUAUUAGGCAAGUGAAUUACAAUCUUGGAUAUUAUGCAGAGAAUGAAUGUGAAAAUUAACA